CGCUUCAAGUUCCUAAACCGCAAAAACGACCAGCGCGUCCAAAAGUGCUUCUACAAGUGCAGCGCGAAUCACCGAAUCACGAAAAUCGUGAGGGAGGUGUAUCUGCGAAACGACAUAAGCUGUGGAGUAGAGAGAUGCAACAUAUGCGAAAAUAAAAACAAAAAAAAGUACCUAGAUUCAGAGAAAAGUAUUCUCAUCUUAGACAUAAACACCAUAGUAAAAUAUAUAGACUUCUUGUACGAGUGCAGUCUGGAUAACAUAUUAAUCCCCCUGACGAUAUAUGAACAUGUGAGGACCUUUAAUAAAAUUUUGCAUAAAAAGCUACACGAGCUGUGUUACGAGACGGAUGAUAGUAAUCCCAGCAGUAGCAAGCGCUACAGUGUCUUUGCGAACAAGUACUGUAAGUUUACCUACGUGGAUGACAAUGCAGAUCUGAAAACGAAGCAAGUACAAGAAAUCAUAAAAAUAGUCAUAUGGAUUAAGCAACAUAAUUCCAACCUCAAAUUAAUCGUCAUAAGUAAUAAUAAUUUUUUAAAGGAUGACUGCUUGAAAAAUGACAUUUCUUGUUUUAGUCUGUACGAAUAUGUGAAGGGGUUAAGAAGGGAGAGUAAAAAGAAUGAUGCACUUGGCGCUAUAAACUUGGAUACAUUAAAAAUGUACUUUGAAGAAGACAUGAUAAUUGAUGAGCAGCAUACCAAGGAGGGAGUUGUGGAAAAUUGUCAAGCAGAUUCGAAUGAGGAUACGUACCCCAUGGUAGAGAACAAACGAAUAUUCGAACCCCAUUUGGAGAGAAAGGAAAUGAUUCAAAGGCUUAGGGAUAAUCUCAUUGUGAAGGGUAUUUUUCAAGUUAUCUGUGUUAAUAAAAUGGCUCUAGUAAAAAUUACAGACACGGAUGAAGUUCUUAUAAGGGGGUCUAAACGUAUGAACAGAGCACUACACAAUGAUGUGGUAGCGGUGCAGAUUUUGGAGGAUGGCGAGGGGGAGCUCUCCGGGCAGGAGGAGGAAGACUACUUUGAGGAGGUGAUCAGUCCGGAGGAGGAGCUACAGGAGGGGGAGCUACAGGAGGGGGAACAGCAUGAGGGGGAGCGGCAUGAGGGGGUACAUCAUCAGGGGGCGCCAAAGAGAAGAAGCGAAGCGGAGACCCCCCCCAAGAACAACGCCAGAAAGAGCAAAGUGUACGGAAAGGUAGUCGGAAUCAUCAGCAGAGGAAGAAAAGAAUACGGAGGAGUGAUAAAGGCAUAUGAAAAGGAACAAAAUGCACACAAAAAAAAAAUCUUAUUUUUUAAAGCCUUUAAUAAUAAGGUACCAUAUAUCAUAAUAAAGAGCAGCAUGGGAGAAGAGCUAAAGAAUAAAAGAGUAAUUGUUGUUAUUGACAAAUGGGAUUAUAAUUCCAAGUACCCGUUGGGGAGGUGCUUAUCUGUGUUAGGUAUAUGCGAUGAUAUCGAGACGGAAACUAAAUUGAUUUAUAACGAGUACAAUGUAUCGACGAAGGAGUUUAGCGAAAGCGCCUACAAGUGUCUACCUCCAAAUGAUUGGAUAAUUCCAGAGGAGGAAUAUGCAAAGAGGAAAGAUUUCAGAGAUGUACUAACGUUUAGUAUUGACCCACCAGGAUGUGAAGACAUUGACGAUGCACUAUCCGUGCAAGUGCUGGAGGAACAUAAGGUUAUAGAGAUAGGAGUACACAUAGCAGAUGUGUCUUACUUCGUAAAGCAGAAUAGUGCACUAGAUUUGGAAGCCUCCAAACGGUGUACAACAGUUUAUUUAAUAAACCAGCGUGUUGAAAUGCUUCCAAAAUUGCUGACCACAGAUUUGUGUUCCUUAGUAGAAGGUCAAGAUAGACUGACCUACAGCUGCAUUUUCACAUUUGAUAUGGAUUACGAAAUUAGGGAUAUCAACGUGAGUAAGUGUAUCAUCAGAAGUAAUAAAUCCUUUUCAUAUGAGCAGGCACAGAAUGUAAUUGACGACAGGAAGGAUUCUUCCCCCACGGCGGAGGCGCUACGAUUACUGAACAGCAUAGCGAAGCACUUAAAGAAGAAGUGGCUAAAUGAAGGAGCACUGGAGCUGAGAGGCAAUUCAGAAGUACUAUUCGAAUUUGAAUCCAAUGAUUUUUCAAAAACGAAAAAUUUAAAGCCAUAUGUAUCAUACGAAACGAAUAAGCUGAUUGAAGCAUUUAUGCUUUUAGCUAACCGAUCCGUAGCAAGAAUAAUCUACCAAGGUUUUAAGGCAGCCAGUGUUUUGAGAAGGCAUCCUCCACCAAAAAAUGAAAAUCUGAAAGAAUUAAAUGAUUAUCUAGAAUCGAUAAAUAUUCACGAUUUUAAGUCCGGAACGUCUAAAGAACUUUCCCACUCAUAA